CAGAAAAUGACAGGAUGAGAGAAAUGCUGGAGCUUCUGGACAUGGUGUGUGGACCCGGAUGAGACCAGUCGGCAUUCGCGUAAAAAAAAAUAAAAAAUAAAAACAACCUCUGAGCUCUGUUUAUGUUCAGCUUUCUGAUCCCAGAGACUACACAACCGACGUGAUGGAUCCCUGAGCCGUCCGUAGCCCCCAAACCCUGUGAAAACACCUCUGUAAUCCAGGAAUUACCUACUCUUUUUUAUUUUUAUUAUUAAGCUUUUUUAUUACUAUUAUUUUAUUUUAUUUUUCGUCACCAUGGUCAGGUGCACGCGCUCCGGCAGCUGUGGGUUUUAGGCCGGGGGUGGGGCAGGUGGAGACGGCUCGUGCGGCUUCAUGAACCUCUGACGGACCGGGUGGACGCCUCGACAUGAAGGAGAAGUGUAAAAACGCGGCCCGGACUCGUCGGGAAAAGGAGAACAGUGAAUUUUAUGAACUGGCCAAGCUUUUACCGCUUCCGUCCGCCAUCACCUCGCAGCUGGACAAAGCCUCAAUCAUCCGGCUGACGACCAGCUACCUGCGGAUGAGAGCCGUGGUUCCUGAAGGCCUGGGGGAGUCCUGGGGUCAUGUGAGUCGCAGCAGCUCUCUGGAUGGAGUCAGCCAGGAGUUAGGCUCCCACCUCUUACAGACAUUAGAUGGCUUCAUUUUUGUGGUUGCACCAGAUGGGAAGAUCAUGUACAUUUCAGAAACAGCCUCAGUGCACUUGGGUCUGUCACAGGUAGAGUUGACAGGCAACAGCAUUUAUGAAUACAUUCAUCCAGCUGACCAUGACGAGAUGACAGCGGUCCUUACAGCACAUCAGCCUUACCACUCACAUUAUGUACAAGAAUACGAGAUGGAGCGCUCCUUCUUCCUAAGAAUGAAAUGUGUCCUUGCCAAAAGAAAUGCUGGUCUAACCUGUGGAGGCUACAAGGUGAUCCACUGCAGUGGCUACCUGAAGAUUCGUCAGUACAGCUUAGACAUGUCUCCAUUUGACGGCUGCUAUCAGAACAUCGGACUGGUGGCUGUCGGUCACUCAUUGCCACCUAGCGCCGUCACUGAGAUCAAACUGCACAGCAACAUGUUCAUGUUCAGAGCCAGUCUGGACAUGAAGCUUAUCUUCCUCGACUCCCGGGUUGCUGAGCUGACUGGCUAUGAGCCUCAGGAUCUGAUAGAGAAGACUCUUUAUCACCACGUCCACAGCUGUGACUCCUUCCAUCUUCGGUGUGCACAUCAUUUGUUGCUGGUGAAAGGCCAGGUCACCACAAAAUAUUAUCGUUUUCUGGCUAAACAUGGUGGCUGGGUUUGGGUUCAGAGUUAUGCAACCAUCGUACACAACAGUCGCUCCUCACGACCUCACUGCAUCGUCAGCGUCAACUACGUUCUCACGGAAACAGAGUACAAGGGCCUCCAGCUAUCUCUGGACCAGGCCACAUCCAAGGCCUCUUUCUCCUACAGUAGUGGCAGCAGCCUUCCAGACUCCUGCAAAACCCUCAAGAGUAGACUGGCUCGACCCAAAACCAAAGCUAGACUCUCACCUUACACACAAUAUUCUAGCUUCCACACAGAACGAUCAGAAUCUGACCAGGACAGCCCUUGGGGCAGCAGCCCACUCACUGACUCUGCCUCUCCUCAGUUGGAGCACAGUGAUGUCCUGGAUGUCUCCUACAGCUACAGGCAGUUCCCUGAUCCUCGUGGUCUCUGCUACAGCCUGGCCGACAAGCAGCAUCAUACCAACAGUGACAACCACAUUCACGGUCAGGGUCAGAGCUGUGACCGGGUUCGAUGUGAUGCAGGCAGAUACUUCCUUGGUGCGCCUCCACCCAGCAGGGGCACUUGGUUGGGUGCCGCCCGGUCCCUCUUACCACUGACCAAAAGCUGCCUGGAGGACAGUGAAGAUUAUGAUGGCAGCGUUUCACACAUUGCAUCUACUCAUAGCUACCACGGUCGAGGCCACUGGGAUGAGGACAGCAUAGUCAGCUCGCCAGAUGGAGGAUCGGCCAGUGACUCAGGAGAUCGGUACCCAGCAGACCGCUAUCCCUGCAGCCCAGAGGAACCCAGUAAAAUUGAGACAUUGAUUCGAGCCACACAACAGAUGAUCAAGAAUGAGGAAAGACGUCUGCAGUCGCGUAAGGGUCCUGAGAAUAUCCCAGUAGGACUGGUCAAUGUGCUCCCCAAGGGUUCAACGCCAUGCUUCACUCCAGAGUGUUCUCAGGUGCCCCUUCCAUUACAGACUGUGGUGUGUCGAGGUUUUAAUCAGGUAAUAAGCCCCACCUCCAGCCCUGCACCCCUAUCAAGGCUCAGCAGUCCUGAGUCUGAGCAUCUCCAUAAGCCCAAAGAUUACCUCCAGACAGACUUGACAGCCCUUUCUUUGCAGUUUCACCCCCACUUUGGUCGGCCAGGUGCAUGUUCAGCUUCCCCCACUCCGGCCCCUGCCCUCUACCCCUCCCACAGCCUUCCAAGGCCCUACUUGGACAAACAUUCAGCAUACUCCCUAACAGGCUACACUCUGGAGCACCUUUAUGACCCAGAGAACCUCCGUGGUUACUGCACCUCUACCAACUCUGGCCACACUCACUAUGAUCACUUUCGUGUACCAGCUGAUCAGAACCACAAAGUCCCCUCAGUGAUCAUAACCAACAGUAGCUAACACCUGUUUGACUAACUAUUUGGAAUCCUGCUGGCUGGCUAACACAAAGUAAACCAUUUUCAGUAUGCAUCUAGGUGGCUGGAUUUUUUUGUCAUUCUGGAAAAUUCUGAUCAAUAUUUAAUUUAUCCGGUACCUCACUGGGCUGCAACUGUUGGGGUCACAAAAAAAGAGUUGCAAAGCAAUGCACAGAGCUUACAGUGCAGUCUUACUGAAUUUAUAUGUAGAACAAUUGCACACGUCGUUUGUCAGUCUCACAAACUCCCAGUAACAUUUUGAUGAAAAUUCUCCAGGAAUUUUUAAUUUUAUUGUGCACGUUCUGUCACUAUUAUAUUAUUUUAAAAACAGCAGUCAUAAAUGGAAAAAAAUGUUGCUUAAACUGUUUGGGCUGUUGUUGUAAUCCUUGUGUUUUUGGAUUUUUAGCUACGUUUAUCCACUUCAACCAGCAAUAACUGGGGUUGCAAGUCUUUCAUGCUGUUAUUUUGUGAGUCAGAACCUGAAAGGUUUGAAAACCACCAGCCUAGCCUGUAUGAAAAUUACCAGUCUGCAACCAAACAACCAGACAAAAUUAAGCUGUUCUUUUGUGCACAGCUGACAGAGAGGCUUGAUGCAGGGCAUAAGUACAUCAAAAGCUUGUUUUGUGCUAGCUUUUUAUUUUCAAUGACAUUUUUUACAUUCAGUCUCCUCCCAGAGAUGAAACAUUUGAUUAAAGAAGAACCCGUCCAGAGGACUUACUUAUUUUUCUUUUUGAUUUUUUUCCACCUGGAUUACUGAGAUUUAUCAGGACAUUUUUACAUUCAGGUUUUCAUCAAGAUCAAGCCAUGAUGAGGUACAAUUUCUAACAGAACUGAUAUGUAUUUGUGUUGACAUCAUCUCCACCUCCUUUCCUUUGCGCAUUUCUUAGAUUCUCAGCUGAGGCUUUAGUCGUUAGGAACAUUUGAAAUAAUAAAUAAAAGUACCAAAUUGACAUAUUUUCACAAACAAUUUGAUGCAUGUUUUAUUUUGAAAAUGUAAUCAAUGCACAAGGUCAAGUUAGUUUUCAUAUAAUAAAAAACAAAAUACACAUGUGUCAUUUCAUAAAAAUUUACAGCUCUGAAAUUACAGUAACUAAGUUCAAAAGGGUUCCAAUAUUUUCAGAAAACAUUUGUACUUGUAUAUCUUUUGAGCAUACUUCUUGCAACAUGGAAACUGAGAACCCCCACAAGUGUUAUCAGACAUUUUGGAGACUCCUUCACAAAUGUCAUUCAAAAUUUGUUAGUAAAGUAGUGUCUUACUGCGACUGUGACUAGAUGGAAAAUCACAUUCGAGAACGAGCCUCCAGAAUUUCUCCGUUCUGACCAGUGGUGGCUUGAAUUGGGAUAACUCCAAAAGUUGUAAAUGUACAUCAAAUGUUUACCUUUUGCAAGUUUUAUUAAAAUCCUUCUAAUAGUUCUUGAGAUAUUUUCCUAAUGGAAAAACACAGUCUUGACCAAAAGCACUUCAGCCUUUCAGACGAGGGGGGUAAAAAUCACCUGCAGAAGUGGAUUCUGUAGCAUUACAUUCAAAUAACUGAAACCUUUUAAAAAUAACAUUUAGAAAUGAUCUGUUCUUGUCUUGUAACCUUCUGACAUUCUGUUCAAGCCAUUAUUUGUUUUGUAUUUUUAAUUACGUGAAGUAAUAGUAGCAUCAAAAACAAUAUUUUUGUUGUAUUUUUCAUCUGAUCAAAUUUAGUUAACAUAUACAACAACAAAUGUUUAAAAUGCCCUAAUAUGUGUACAGUAAAAAGACAAACUAGCCACUGCAGGCAGAUGAUAAUAUACUUUGGUAUAAUCUGAGGAAGACACUGAUACCACUCAACCCUACCUCACAGACUAAUAUGCAAAUUCAUUCUUCACAUUUCAUCACUUUUUGUGAGACACCCACCACUGUCUUGGUAAUUAAUAAAAAAGUACAUCUGCUCACCCUGAAGGAACGAAUGGGGAGAUUUAAAGAGAAAACAUUUGUGUGAUCAAUUAUUUUCAACAAUAAGAUGAGAGGAAACAUGGCAGCAAAUACAAAAUAUGUUUUAAAUCCAAAUGUUAGCAGUAAUCAGGAGUGUUUGUAAAAAGAUGAAUCAUUAUGAUUAUUUGCAACUUAUCUAUCAGGGCAGGCAGCUAAAAGUAGUACCUCGCUGACUGUGACCUGUUGGUGGACAGCUGUCAUCGUGGACUCCCCCCAAAUGUCUUGAAGCAUUCACUGGGUUCUCAGUUUCUUUGUGUAAGCUGUGAAGGCUCACAGUUUUGUUGCUUGAAUUGUGAACAUAAAACAUAUGAAACCAAUUCUUUCAAUGAAAGAUUAUUUCUAAAAAAUGGUCCAAACCUGCCUACCUCCAGUAAAUCCUCAGGUGACAAUCAAAACACAUUUUUUCCUCCUCCUGAGGGUUGAGGUUGUGUCUCAUGAAAACAGUCUGGUCUUAUUAAAUCAGAGAAACAAAAGCCUCCCGCUCCCACAUCCACUCCCAGCAGAACACAAGACAGGAAAUCUUUCAGUUUAUUAGGAGGAACUUCUUUGUGGGGCAAAGGAUUUUAUUUUUUAAUAGUAGGUUGUGCCUCAUAUGAACUGGCAGCCCCUGCUAUUAGUCACUUGGCACUUUUGAAAAAUGAGUUCUGCAAAAUGGCUGCAAAGACAGGCAGUCUUUAAGCUGCUUCUGACCGUUCAUAAAUCACCAACAACUUUCCGCAUAGAUGUGAGCUUUCAAGCAUGAAUCAAAAGAGGUGUGGUGCAGAACUCAGCUGUGUUGAGGCACCAUCAAGUGUGGACAGAUGUCAGCCUCGUGUCAUUUGUUGACAUGAGGGUAAAAUGUAAGUAAUUCGAUUUUGCAAUCUUCCUCGUAAUUAACAAAACUUUUUUUUACCUACAACCUGUCAGGAUGUGUAAAAUGUAAAUAAAAACAGAAUGGUUGGCAAAUAUCAAAUUUUAUUCAGAACACAGUAAACAUAUCAAAUGUUGAAACAAAUCAAUUAUUUGGUACAAAGUGACAAUGUGGGUGGAAGUGGAAAACACAAUCUUUUUGUGAACAAUAAAAAAUUGUGAAUGACAGACUACAGCUCUGAGAGCCAUGCACAGGAAAAACAGACCUGAUCAUUGGGAUUUGGUCACCACAUGGCUCUUUGGUCAGUUCAGACUGCAGCUGAAAAUUCAUCUAUUUUCUUACAGUUUUAAGUUUCCAGCAGUCUUUGCCCAGUGAGGUACCACCUUUAAAAAAGCGUCACUCACUAAUAACAAAGCUUGAAACUGUUAAUAAAUGUUUAAAACAUGGGUCUCAUUUGUUGCUCCUUCCUUCACUUUGUCAUCUAUGUUCCUGGUUGAACCAUUAUUUAUACAAGUUUUUGAUUUUGUAUUUGGUUUGUCAAAGCCUGAAAUGUGCAUCCGUUCUUAAAGUUAUUUAUGGUGUGUUGUAAAUGUGCUCCAAAAAGAAAUCCCCAUCACAUGUCAAAGCACAUGGGCAAAUACUGUAUUUAUUGAAUAAAUGUUUCUGUAUGAGUUUGAGAAAUGAGUUUGAAAUAAUUGUCUAAAAAAAACGAGUUGAUUUGUUUGUGUUUUUGACAGAUUCUAAAAGAGAACAAAAUAAAAUCUUUUUGCAGGGAUAUCUUGUGUUUCCACUGCCAUCUA